AUGUCCACUUGCCUCCUCACCAUCUGGGGGAAGGCGGACAUGUCAUUCAAGAGGUUCUCCCGUCCAAAAUAUGCUAUCAUAUAUGCUAUCAUGUCGGUAAGAAAUCGUACGACAUCCUGUCCCGACAGAAUAAGACCAAAACACCUGAAGAACUUUCCGCCAGUACUCAUGAAUACCCUGCUGAGGCUCAUUACGCGUUACCUAUCGGAAUACAAGGUUCCUAAACAGUGGAAGACCAGCAAGACCGUGUUGUUGUAUAAAAAGAGAGAUCACCAUGACAUCGGCAACUAUCGCCCAAUCUGCUUACGACAGCCAUGCGAGCAAGCAGGGUUUCGAAAAGGAUUCAGCACGAUUGACCACAUUCACACUGUUUCGAAACUCAUCGAGGUAUCACGAGAGUACAAGAUGCCGCUCUGUCUCGCCUUUAUCGACUUGAAGGAGGCCUUCGACUCAGCUGAGACGGAAGCGGUCGUGGAAGCCUUGGACAACUAA